UUCAUCUCCCACUAACAUCCCUCUUCUCUGUCUCUCUCUGUCUCCACGUUUCUCGCCAACAAAACCAACAAAACCAACAAACAAGCUCCAUCUCUGAUCUUAUAUCUUCAACCUAUAUCGUAGACGAAUCUCUGAAUCUCCGGCCACAUAUUUCAAACAAAGAGCGGCAAGAGAAUCGAAGAAAAAAUGUGUUGUGGACGGGUUUGCAUGAUGUGCACGUGUUUGCUUUUGGUUGUGAUCGCCAUUGGAUUUCUAUUCGGGUUCGGAGUAUACAAGGAUAGUUACAACAAGAUCCAAGAGACCGUCCAUCUCGAAUGCGAUCCGAGGUUCGGCUGCGGAGGAGGAGGAGACUUUGGUCGUCGAGGGUACGGUUUCCCAGCUCCCGCUGGUCAUAACUAGCUGUGAAUCUGAUAUGAAUCCUUAAUUAUCGAACCAGCAGCGUUUGUGUUUGAAAGGUGUUGGGUUCAUAGGUUUUGUUUUUACCAUUUCUACGUACAAUACCUCUCAUAUUGAUUCCUUGUUGUGUAUUCUAAUGUUUCGUUAAUCAGAUGUAGUUUUUGCCUUUCAUUGUUUUUUUUUAGAUAUUGUAUUUGUUGAGAGAUACAAUUGGGAUCAAAUCACGUAACGUUUAAAAUUCG